AUGAUGCGCGCUCCCGGUGCCGGGCGGGCGGCGAGGGUGGCGGUCGUCGGAGGCGGCGCCGCGGGCCUCGCCGCCGCCCGCGAGCUCCGCGCCGAGGGCCACACCCCCGUGGUGUUCGAGCGGGGCGACGACGUGGGCGGGGUGUGGGUCUACGACCCGCGCGUCGAGGUGGACGACGUGACCGGCACGGACCCGAACCGCGCCAGGGUUCACGGCAGCAUGUACGCGAGCCUGCGCACCAACCUGCCGAGGGAGUGCAUGGGGUACGAGUCGUUCCCGUUCACCAGAACGUUCGCCGGGGACGACAGGAGGUUCUGCGGCCACGCGGAGGUGCGCGCGUACCUCGCCGCGUACGCGGACCACCACGACAUCGCGAAGGACGUCAGGCUACGACGCGAGGUCCUAUCCGCAGAGCCCAUCGACAUCUCAUCGCGGCGCUGGGGGCCGAGGUGGAGGGUGACCACGCGCGAGGUGACCGUGGGCGAUGACGACGGAGGAGUAGUGUCCGUCGAAACCUUCGACGCUGUGGUGGUGUGCAACGGGCACUACUCGGAACCCCGGACGCCGCGGUACCCAAACGCCGAAAACUGGCCCGGGGUCCAGAUGCACUCGCACAACUACAGGACACCGGACGACACGUUCGAGGGCAAAAAGGUGGUGGUGCUGGGCGCCAUGGCCAGCGGGGAGGACCUGAGCCGGGAGAUCGCCACCGUGGCGUGUCACGUGGUGCUCGCCGCGAGGGGAUUCGUCCCGGGCGCUCCCAAGGAUGAUUUCCCGGUGGAGUCCUACCCGAAGAACGCGACGCUCAAACCGGGCAUCGUCGAGCUGAUUCCCGAACGUUCGGGGGUUAAGUUCGAGGACGGGAGCGUGGAGGAAGACGUGGACGUGAUAUUGUACGCCACCGGGUACCAGUACGCGUUUCCGUUCCUCGCCAACGCGGCCGUUGACAACUCGGCCAUCUCCGCCGUCGACAACUGCGUCUCGCCCCUGUACAAGCACGUGUUUCCCCCCGCGCUGGCGCCGUCGCUGUCAUUCAUCGGCCUCCCCUGGAAGGUGGUGCCGUUCCCGCAGUUCGAGACGCAGGCGAGGUGGAUCGCGAAGGCACUGAGCGGCGCCGCGCCUUUACCGCCGCGCCGCGAGAUGCGACUCGACGCGGACGCGUUUGAAGAAAGUUUGGGCGCGAAGGGAAUCGCUCGGCGGCACGCGCACCGCAUGGGCGACGCGCAGUUCGCGUACAACGACGAGCUGCGCGCGCUGUGCGGGCACCCACCGCUGGGGGCGUGGCGCGCGGAGAUGUACGCGGCGACGGGUGCUCGUAAACGGUCGCAGCCGGCGUCGUACCGGGAUGGGCCUAUCCCGUGGUCGGACGAGGACGCGAGGUUUGCGGCGAGGGCGGAGGCGACGGCGGCGGGGUUCGAGACGGAUCCGGCGAGGGACGAGGUGCAGGCGGGGGCGGCGUGA